AUGGAUCCUCCACCAGGGUUAAAUGUUGAUGUUAAAGGACAAGUAUGCAAGCUAACUAAGUCCUUGUAUGGGUUGAAACAGGCGAGCAGACAGUGGUUUGACAAGCUCUACACAUUCCUGGUUUCUUCUGGAUAUGUUCAAUCUAAAUCGGAUCACUCUUUGUUUGUCAAGAAGACUCCUAAAGAAUUCAUAGCACUACUUGUGUAUGUUGAUGAUAUUGUUUUAACUGGAAAUUCCAUGAAAGAGAUCAACCUCAUAAAAACUCUUUUGGACAAGCAAUUCCAGAUUAAAGAUCUGGGAGAACUCAAGUAUUUCCUGGGUUUUGAGGUUGCUAGAUCUAAAAGGGGAAUACAUUUAUGUCAAAGGAAGUAUGCCCUUGACAUUCUUGAAGAAACGGGGAUGCUAGGAAGUAAACCUAGCUCUACACCAUAUUUGAGCAACAACAACUCUCUGUACAAAACAGAGGACUACAUGGAUAAUCCUAGUGAUUAUCGAAGGCUGAUAGGGAAGUUAUUUUACCUUACUAACACUAUACCAUAUUUAUGUUUUACAGUUAAUCUUUUGAGUCAGUUUAUGCAGGAACCAACCAAGCACCAUUAUCAGGCCUUGCAACACAUUCUCAGAUAUGUUAAGUCAAGUCCUUCUGAAGGACUCUUCUUUGCUUCCAAUUCUCGUACACAGAUAAAGGGCUUCAGCGGUUCUGACUGGGCCACCUGCCACAAUACAAGGAGGUCCACUACUGGCUAG